CUGUACACACGACUACACACACACGCACGCACGUCAGUCGAAGGUUCGUUGCUCGGUCGGCCGUUCGUCGUCUCUCUCUGUCCGCGUAAUCUUAUCUGGUUCAGGUGUCGAGUACGAUAUUAUUAUUAUAUUUAUUUACCUAUUCAUUUAUUAAAAAUUUAUUAUCACACACACCCACGUGCGCCGGUAACACAUUCGAUGUGUGGUAUAAUAAUCAAAUUAAAAACAUGACGUGCAUCGUAAUCGGGUCUAUUUGGGUUCUGCCGUUAUCACCUCACGCCCGAGUGAAAACCCCGAUCCGGUAAGUUCGCGAGCGAAACGAGUUAUUCUUGAAAACGUACGUUUUUGCGGAAGAAGUGUGCCGGUUGUCUCCGCCCGUGAUUUGGAGUGCUUUUUUUAAUGAAUAGUAAAACGCAAAAAUUUUCUUUUAUUUGCGUUUUUUUAAAAUCAUUUUUCAACUUACUUUUUGUUUUAAUCUACAGUGAGUAAAUUAUUUUGCCUUUACGUUUAAUUUUUUUUAAUUUCGUCAAAUCAUACCGUUCUCUGUGAGUAGUGCGCUUAAAAAAAACUCCGUGUCGUUUUUCUUCACCGAAACUGCAGUAUUAUACACUGUCGUAUUCUUAUACUAUAUAAUAUAUCAUAGUGUUUCCGUUCUCAAAAACACAAUCAGUGGCGUAUGUACAGUGAUGUAGUGCGUAAGGUUCGCGUGUUUGUCGUUAACGAUGUAAUUACGUCUGAAGCGAUGUUAGAACACGUUCUUACUAUCAUAGGACUAGAUUCCUGAACGUCGAAAAGGACGCUGAGAAACCUAAGUCAGAACCGAGACGACAAGAUUUCGAAAAUCGACGAUGGUAGAGCGAAUCGAAAACGAAACGGAUUGUAAUAUGCCACAAGGCUCCUGCUGGUCUACGGUGUACUCUGGCUUUUAUUUAUUUCUCGCCAGGCAUUCAGGUCGGAGACGCACAGCGGAAUCCGAAGAAGCAGUGAGGCGACAAGGCGGCGGCGGCGGCGGCGGGUCGUCACAAAGCCUGCACCGCGCCGCCACGUUCACCAUGUUCAAUUUCCUCCUGCUAGUCUCUGUAUGCCUUUCGUCAACCACACACGCGUGUUCGAGUAGGUCGAUGCCGAAACCGCGACCGUUGCAGCCGACGGAACGGCCGAACGUCACCUUCCACACCACCCCCUGUCCAACCGUAUACGCCAAAUGGUAUUGUCUCAACGAGGCCACUUGUUUCGCCAUCGCAAUCGGCGAAUCUGUGCUGUACAACUGCGAAUGUCCCGACGGCUUCAUGGGACAGAGAUGCGAGUUCAAAAACUUGGACGGCUCGUACACGACUGCCCGACGACAAGUGAUGCUGGAAUCGGCCAGCAUAGCAUCGGGGGUCAGCGUGGCGGUAGUGUUGGUGUUCAUAAUCUGCACCACGUUUUACGUCAGGUCCAGGAGACAGCGGAAACUCAAGUUGAACGCAGCCGACGUCUCAAUGGUAGACGGCAACUGGACGGACGCGGAAAAGCGGCCGUUCUCGUAUCGUCCGAAGCACACGAUCAUCACAAUUCCUCUAAAGACAGUAAUCACAGAACAGUCGACGCGAUCCUCCGGCGACGGCCGCCACCGCCCCGAAGAUAGUUCGCGACAAGAACCUUUGAUCGUAUGAGACGACUGCAGCUGCUAAUUAUUCCAAAGUUAUUAUACGUUCAGGAGAGCAAACCGUGCGGACGACAGAUGACGAUUUUUUUUUUCACGGGGAGGUUCAACACAAUAUUUUCGGUGUCGACCGCGCAACGGGCCGCGGAUACUACACACACACACACGGCACAACGGUCGUUCGGCAGCCAUAAUAAUAAUAUAAUAUAUUAUUACGAUACAGGCACAACAAUUGAUUACGACACGAACACACACACGCCUACACACACACACACACAACGCCACGUCGUCGUCCCGAGAGCCCAACGCCGAGGAUUUUACACACACGACGCGCGAAAUAAAAUUUGAGAAAUUCAAAAUCGAAUGUAAUAAAAUUUUAACCAAAAAAAAAAAUUGUUUUUUUAAACGGACCGUUUCCAACUGUAGUUGUUUGUAUCUCGUGUACUAUAUUGUAUCGAUAAUCGUUUAUUGUUGUGUUGUGAUCAUCGCCGUGGCAUGUCAUGUAUAAUCGACGACGUGCAUAUUGACACAUAAAAUUCGACUAGUUUUGAUGUGCGUUAUUUGAUUAUAUUAAUUUUUACUGUCGUCGUAUAGUCGUCGACGACGUCGAUCCCCUCUGGCGUGUGUGGUGUCUGUGCACCGUCGUCGCGUUUUUCUCAUAUUGUUUUGCCCGUCGUCCCAAAUAUCAUCAACUCAAAUAUACGUGCCGCUAUAUUAUAUGAUAGGAAACGCACUCGAAAUUGAUCAUGUUAUAGUGUUUUAUAUUGUAUAAAAUCGUAAUUUUCGUGACAUUUUUAACCUCAAACGUAUAUAUUAAUAUAUAAAAAAAAAAAAAAAUCGUCUGAGCCAAUAUAUAUAUAUAAUUAUAGGUACAUACAUACAUAAUAUAUUAUAAUAUGUUUAUAAAUAUAUGAUAUAAUCAUUAUUGUGUUUUGUUUCCGCGAUAACAACACAUAAAAGAAUAGCGAUUCCGCUUGACAAGACUUUUCGACUGUAGUUGUCUCAUUAAUGGCUCACACACUCCCCACAUAAUAUGUAUGUGUAUGUAUAUAUUUAUACAUAUAUAUAAAUAAAUGUAUAUGUAUACAUAUUUAUAUAUAUAUAUAAUUCUGCGAACCUAUCUCUAUGUGUAUCUCCACCAUAAUAUAUAUUAUAUAUAUAUAUAUUAUUUUUUUUUUUAUAAUUUUUAGAAUCAUUGUUUUAAACUGUUUUGUUUUUUUUUCCUCAUCCCGUCUUAUUAUUAUUAAUAGUGGGUUACCAUUUUUUUUCCCCAAUGCUUACUAAUGCGUAAAAAAAAAUUAUAACUAAAAAAACCGAUUGUAUUUUGAAAACGAGGAAUUGUGAAUAUUUUUUUAAAAAAAACAAAAUGUCUUUUCGAUUUAUAUAUAAAAGAAAAUUGUGUAAAGUGGUAAAUUUGAAAUUUAUGCGUUUUUAUAUUUUAUAUUAUUAUAGUUAUUUAUUUAUUAUUAUUUUUAAUGUAAAUUAUUGCUGUUAUUCUCUGUUGAAAAAGUAGAUUUGUAUUAUUGUUUCUUCGAGCGCACCUACUAUACCAGAUUGUUGUUAUCAAAUUAAGCUUACUGCCCUGUGCCCCUGUGCCCCCUCCCCCCUCAUCCCUCCAGCCUGUGUGUAGUUGUAUUUAUGUGUAUAAUGAAUUUUAGAUACGCUAAAAUAAAAAUCCUUUUUUGCAGUA